AUGUUGGUUCGAUUGAAAUUUUAUGAACUAAUUGUUCUAUUGACACUUUUAUGCAAUUGUUUUGUCUAUGCCCAAUUAACCGACUCAUUAUCUUCUAAAUGUAAUAUUGAAAAGUUACAUCACCUAGAGUCCCAAUUAACCUUUGAUAGCAAUAAUAUUAAUAAAUAUGAACAAUUAAUCAAACAAACUAAUAGUUGUAUUAAGAAAUUUGAUAAUGAUCAUUUCGAUGAUGAUAAGAUUAGUCAUAUCACCCCAAAUAAGCACAAUAUACCAUUUUUUCAACUACGUAAUCAAGUUAUAUAUAAAUUAGGAUUACUACACUUAUCUCUAAAUCAAAAUCUGAAAGCUUUAGAGCUCUUCGAAUCUAUCAUAAUUGAUCAGGACAAAUAUGAUGAUUCUUAUACUGAACUUGCCUUAAAAAGAUUAAAUGAACUAUAUAUUGCAUUUGGCUAUUGGAAUAAAGUAAAGAUAGAUGAAGAUGGUUUACAUUCAAUGUUUCUAUCUUUGAAUUCGACUUUAUAUAACAAGAUACAACCAUAUAUUGAUGGAAAAAACAUAAAUUUAGGCAUUGAUACUACAUUAAAAGACGAAUUAACUCCCAUGUUACAGAUAUCACCUUAUAAUAUUGAUUUACUUUCAGUUAAUGUCCAGUAUUUGACUAGAUUAUUGUCAGAGAGCUGCGAUUCGUCAAUUGCAAACGAACUUUUAAAAAAUUAUGAACUUGUUCUGGACCAAUUUAAAACUAAAUUAAAUAUUAAUCAAAGAUUAGAAAUUCAUUACAUCUGUGCAAUCAUUCAAAUGCUUAUUCUGAACACUGAUCCAACUCGUCAAUUACAGAAGUGUUUAGCAAUUGAUAUGGAUUAUUAUCCAUGUAAGCAGCUCACAUUAUUAAAUUCAAGAUUGAAUAAGAUUAACCCACCUAAGUCAAAUUUACUAGAUUCUCAAAAAUAUGCCUUUAAAGAUACAGAUACCUUUAAUAAAUUAGAUACUACUCAUUGGGAGAAAUUAUUAAAUUUUUAUCUUGAUAAAAGUGGCAAAACAAAACCUUGUUUAAAAAUGCCUUAUAAUAAAAUUGCGAAAAAGACAGAUAAUAAAUUUACUGACAAUUAUAGCUCUAUUGCCAAUUAUUAUGUCCCAGAAUCACUAAAAAAUGUGUUUGAAAACGUAUUGCCAUUAGGAUACCCAAGGAUAUUUAAUAUUAAAUAUACCAAUGAUAAGUGUGGACAACAAGGUUAUUUUAAAAAGUACAUCGACAUAGUUUUAUGUGAAGCUUCAACACAUGUCUCCUCAAAAUUUACUAAAUUCUUAAACGCUAAUCAAUAUUGCAAAAAAGCUUUGAAAGAAAUGUUGAAUGAUGAACAAUGGGCUCAACUAAAAAACGCUAUCAAUGAGUCAUCCCAACUUCCAAAUAAUUUCCUGAAGGACUUAUGGAAUACAUAUCCUACACUGGCAGUUCAUACUAUUGAUAUUAUUCUUCGUAGUAACAAAAAACAACCAAGUAAACAAUUAAUAGAGCAAAUCUGGAAUUUUUUUAAAGAAGAAAAGUUGGAAUCAUCAGAAAUUAAAAGUAUACAAAAACAAAUAAGUUAUGUAAAAAAGUAUAUGGAAAAAAUUAGAAAAAGCAGACAACAACAACGGCAACAAAAUCAACAACAACAGUUUUUUUUUAAUUUUGGUCCACAAGGAAACCAUCACCAAGCUCCUCCAGCUCCUCCACCAAUUACCAAUGAUAAAGAUUAUUAUAAGAUUCUGGGUAUUAGUAAAGAAGCAUCAUCAAAAGAAAUUAGAAGAGCCUAUUUAAACUUGACCAAAAAAUACCAUCCAGAUAAACAAGGUGCAUUAUCAGAGGAGGAAAAAAAGCAAGUUCAUGAAAAGAUGUCCGAGAUUAAUGAAGCCUAUGAAACUUUAAGUGAUGAAAAUAAAAGAAAAGAGUAUGAUUCAGUAAGAUCAACGGGAGGCAGACGACAAUUUCAACAAAGAUCACCUUUUGGAAAUGGACCUAUGAACUUUAUGUUUCAACAAAACCCAGGUGGUGGUCACAAAUUUCCUUUUGGUAUGUAA